CACGUCGGCGCGCACGCCCGGAAGUUCUCCUGCGCGGGCGGUGCGGCCGUGGUGGGUCGGCGCGGGGCGUGAGGAGGCCGGGGUUACCCGGGACGAGGGACUCGCUCGCGUCGGCGCCCUGCAGCAGAACCCGCCGCGCCAGGAUGUCGUACAUGCUCCCGCACCUCCACAACGGCUGGCAGGUAGAUCAGGCCAUCCUCUCGGAGGAGGAUCGAGUUGUGGUCAUUCGGUUCGGACACGACUGGGACCCUACCUGUAUGAAGAUGGACGAGGUUCUGUACAGCAUAGCUGAAAAGGUUAAAAAUUUUGCAGUUAUUUAUCUCGUGGAUAUUACGGAAGUACCUGACUUCAACAAAAUGUAUGAGUUAUAUGAUCCUUGUACUGUCAUGUUUUUUUUCAGGAACAAACACAUCAUGAUUGACUUGGGCACUGGCAACAACAACAAGAUUAACUGGGCCAUGGAAGAUAAGCAGGAGAUGGUUGACAUAAUAGAGACCGUGUAUCGUGGUGCCCGCAAAGGACGGGGCCUGGUGGUGUCUCCCAAGGACUAUUCCACAAAAUACAGAUACUGAGGCAUUGUCAUCACAGUCUGCAUAUAAAUACUGUUCAGCCAAUUUCAUGUGGAAAUAUUUUCAACUUUGUGAAGCCUUUGGAAAGUUACGUGGAACUCAGAGGCUUGGAGGGUCCUUGAAUAAGUAUUGGACACCUUAACUAAUUGAAGCAAAUAAACACAUGAAGGAACAA